AGUUGACUGGAGUGGCUCAAUGGCGUUGGGUUGCUAAUGAUGAUACCUGUGGUAUUUGUCGUGUAGCAUUUGAAGCCUGCUGCCCUGAUUGUAAAUUUGCUGGGGACGAUUGUCCAUUAGUGUGGGGUCAGUGUUCUCAUUGUUUCCACAUCCAUUGCAUAAUGAAAUGGCUCAACGCUCAGUCAGUAAACAAUCAAUGUCCGAUGUGUCGCCAGGAAUGGAAGUUUCGGGAAUAAACACAGACAGUUCAUCAUCACUUACUUUAUCAUAUAAUUCUGAACUACCACCACUUCCUGAGAGUCUAAGUCGACUUAGUCUUUAUGAUACAUUAUCAUCCAAUAAACCAGAACCUGCUCUUCGUCAAUCACCUAAACCGUCAGAAUAUAUCAAUUCUUUUAAGCAAUUACGUCAACCACAAUUAUCUCAUGAACAUUCGGAUUUAAAACGUCCAAUUGAUAAACCACCAGUUCCUCCGAGAAAACCUUCUUCAGUAGACAUAAAAUUAGCCCAUCUUCGUAGUGAAAUGGGAACUUUGCGGCAGAUGGAUUUACAGCUUUUGUCUCAACUUCGACAAUUAAAUGAUUCUAUCAGUUUGUUUAGACAAGAGCUGCUGAAUAUGGAUACUUAUUUAUCUUCAGACACUGAUGAAUCAGAUACUACAUCUAUUUACUCUAAUGUUACUCCUAGUAGUUUAGAAUUAUCUCGUUCCUCUACUCAAUCAUUACCUAAACAGCCCCCAACUACUACUGAUUUGUAAGUUUUUUAAAUUUAAUUGGCUGUUGUAUUUGUUUUUAUAUAUAUAUACAUUUUAAUAAAAUACAGUUAUAAUGGAAUUAAGUCAAUUUAAUAAACAACAUUAAUAAGA